CGAUGGCCCCCAUUACGUGACGAUUGAAGUGUGAUCCGGACGACGUAAUACCAAACAGAGUCUGAUGAUGGAGACUCUAAAGGAAAUACAAGAUCAAUUCCUAAAAUGUCCCGUCUGUUUACAGAACUACACAUCUCCGAAACUUCUUCCGUGCCUCCAUACAUUUUGUCGUCAAUGCCUCGUAGAAGUGCUGAAGAAAUCCAUUGCGGAUGACAAUGGUAGUUCAACAGAGAGCGAUUCCGAAACUGAAAAACCUGCCCCACACGGAAAACAUUUCAAUUGCCCGGUUUGUCGGGCUGAUAUAGAGUUGAAUGUUCCUAACGGAAAUUCUAACUUCGCACAAUGGACCGAUAUGUUUCCGGAUAAUCACUUCGUAAGUAGUUUGAUGGAAAAAAUCGACAUGCAAGCGACAGAUAAAUAUUGUGAGAGUUGUUGUCGAGACGGAAACAGAAUUGGCGCCAAAGCCGAAAAUUGGUGCCAGACGUGUAAAGUGGUUUUCUGUGAUUCUUGUAUAAAAGCACACAACGUCAUCAAAGCUUGCCGAGAGCAUAUUGUGGUUUCUCUCAGAGACAUGCGUAAUGAUCCACUUGAGUCCAUCCGGUCAAAUAAGAAGGAAAUUCCAUGUUUUCAUCACAGAGACAAGGUUAUUGAAUACUACUGUGUCGAUUGUCACGUGACUAUCUGUUCGUCGUGCGUUGCUGUGCAACACAGACGAUGUGAAAUGGUAGAAACCUUGGUUGAUGCAGCACAAAAGUUAAAACCGGAAACGGAAUAUGUACAAAAAAAUCUCCAGAUGCAGAACGAGGUUUUACGAGAAUGGCGUGAAGAGCACGAGAAGGAACUCGGCGAACUCUCAACCAACAAAGAAAUGAUCAUGAAAGAAAUGUCGACGAUAAGGAAAAGGGUUAAUGAAGCAUUAGAGAAUUUAGAAAACAAGCUCAUUGUUGACCUUGAUCAGAAGAAUAUGCAGACAGCAACUGUUGUGAAGGGCAGAAUGAACGAGAUCGAUGAAAUGAAGAAAAAUGUCAACAACACAGGAACUUUUCUCAAAAAUCUAAUCCAAUUUGGCAGUGAUUCGGAACUUCUCACUGUUUUUGAUGCCAUCAAGCUUCAAGUAGAUGAUAUGCGCGCCAACAUUCAGAAAUCCCGUUUGAGCAAAUUGAGCACUCGGCAUAGACUUAUCCCGGACUCAAGCGUACAGAGAUUGCUUGAGCUACACUCCAUUGGGAAGAUCGUGGAUUUAGUGGAUUUGAAAAAGGAAACUUUUCUCAACAUGAACGGGUUGUCAGAGAAAGAAGGACAACCUCCUCAGAGACGGUCGUCAAUCAAGCGUACAGGAACGUUUCGUGUUGAACGGUCUCCAACUCAAUCACCGGCUUCCACGAUGAUGAGCUCAUCAACAUCCUCAGUCUCGUCGACAUCAAGUGAAUCCAUAGGAUCACAGGAAAUAUUGACACCGCCAGUACGCGCGCGUCGAGGAUCGUCAUCAAGGCCGUCAUCUGCACGCGAAACACCAAUACCAAGGCCGUCCUCAAGACCGACUUCAGCGCGUGAUUCUCCAAGGGUAGCGGUAUCUAGGACGACUCCUGUCAAGUCAAACACGCUUCCACGUGCUCCGCGAACUCCAAGGACUGAGCGGUCUCAAAAGAUGGCGGAUGUUAACAGAGUUAAUUCUCUUCCCCGGAACAGAAGCAGCACAUCAAACGUCUCCAAUAGAAAGAACCCCGAAACCGAAAACUCCGAAAAUGCAAAUACUCCUCCUCAAACGAAAUCUCGCACGGUUCCGAUGCUUUUCUCGUUCAACGGAAAGACAGAUGGCGACGCUAAGAAAUGUUGGCCUCUUGACGUCACAAUGCUCGAGGACGGUACUCCCGUCAUUACCGACUUCCACAACAAAAAGGUCAAAGCCUUUGACGCAACCGGAAACGUGAUGGGAGAGGUGGCGGUCCCGAGCUGGCCACACGGAAUUGUGGACGUCGCUAGCGCUGAAGUGGUUGUGACACUUCCGGAACUAGCCACAAUCAUGUUUGUAUCGGUACAGGACAACAACAUGCGGAUCCGCAAACGCGUCAGAACGGUAAAACAGUACCGCGGGAUAAGCUGUGACGUCACAACAUCGCCGAACGACCCUGUUCUGGUUGUCUCGUGUUGCGCCUCUGGCAUUCAAUGUGUUGACGUUCUCGCUCUAGACGGGACUGUUUUACAGACGUAUCGAGAGGACAGACGACAACCGGGAAAGCUUCUCUUCACGUGGCCGUAUUAUGUCACAACUAACGCGGCGGGCGAGAUUCUCGUCUCAGAUUGCCAGUCUCGGAAUGGGAUCAUCUGUAUCUGCCGUGACGGUGGAGUAAAGUUCGAACAAGUCCUCCCCGAUAACAUCGUUUGUGACCCACGUGGAAUCUGCACUGACCGGCAAGGGAACCUGUUCCUGGCAGACAAGACCGGUAACUCUGUCCACGCUCUCGGCCCGGACGGAGAAUACAAGAGUAGAGUUCUCUGUUCCGCGGACGGACUGAUCCAUCCAAUUGCGGUCUGUCUCAGUCCAUUUGGACAUCUCAUUAUUACGCAAGAGAACGGUGACGUCAAGGUUUUCAAAUACAGUUGAUUUCGAAUUACGUCAUAGAUGACGCAAUAGGGAAACUGGAACUUUGACUUAUUCCAAGAAAAUAAUCUUUCGACGCCUUAACUUAAGAACAUUCUUUGAUUAAGUAUGCCGCUAGGAGUUAGGAACGUUGAUAAAUUUAGGGCAAAAUGUUACAGUACAACUAAAUAAUCCCAUGUGAUACAUAUUAUUCCAACGAAAUAUAUAAAAAUUACCCAAAAAGGAAAUAUCUCAGAGUGCACAAAUAUGAUUUGAAUUUUUUUUGACAACUGUAAAUGAUGACAAGACAAUAUGUCAGAAUAUGCUGUUGAUAAGAAUCCGGGAUUACAGCGGAAUGUCCAAUAUAAAUACACAAGUAAGGUUCCGACAGAGCCUCCUGUUAUCCAAUAUCAAAAGUGUGACGUCAUCAUUUUCAAAACAUUUUGCCGGUAUUAUUUGACUUGACAAAUUCCAAUCGAUACAAAUUAUUUCGGUUUUCGGGUACUUAUCUUAGCUAGCCUUCGAAUAUGUCAACACUCGUAUAUCCAUCGUGAAGCGACACGUCAUGGUGAGAUUUUUUAUGAAAAGUAUACAGGAUGUUGACAUCGACAUCCCGUCUUUGAUUUGAUUUCUUAUUUAGUUGGACCGUUAUUAGCUUUCGCUAAUGGAGCUUUCUAUUCCUCUAUUGGAAACACAUGGAUUUGGCGGGAAUUCCAAAACAACGGUCUUAACAUAUGCAUUAAAUGUCCAGGAGACAUUUCUAUUUACGGCGAUGAAUUUGGAUCAAUGACUCGUAACAUACAUGUAUUCCUUUUGAUGAAAUCUAUAUCAGAACGAUGAUUAUACGCGUGAUUGUGCCUAAAAGUAAUAAAAUUAACGUCGAAAUAUUGGUGAAAUUGCGUAUCGUAUACACAUACCUAUGUUUUUACGGUAAUUAGGGAUACUUCGGGUCGAAUUAAGAAUUUUCUGGAUUUAAUGCUCGAAGAAGUUGGUUUAUGUUGAGAGUAAAAACUGCCUUAUUAAUGUAAAGAUUAUAACUUUUACUAUUAGGGAAAAAUACAUUUUUUCCAGUAAGAUUAAUUUUGACGACCUAAACAAAACGAAGGAAUGUUCCUUUGACAGUUAUGUUACAAGGUACAUAUGUAUGGACAAUUCAUUGGGGAUUCGUGCCAAGUCCCUUGACCAGAAUCUGUUGAUUAUAUCUAUUGGUAAAGAAGGAAAUGUACAUUUUCGCUGAUAUUCUUUUACAAUAGAAAAGUUUAAAUGUAAAUAGUUGAGUAAAGAAUACCAGGAACGAUAACUCUAUGACGAGAUUGACAUGCGUCAAGUGUUUUGUGACGGUUUUCUUGUUUGCGUUUUGAAUAUCAUUAUUGGUGAAAACGUCAUAUCAUUGUUACACUUACUACACUAUACAUAUAUACUGAAAUAUAUAUACAAACAUACUAAAGGCAAAUAUAGCUUAUAUUCGAA